AUGUCAGCAAAAAGUCCAGCCAUCGAGGCUCAUGACCAGCGGACCAGGCGGGUUGCUACUCAGGUCAAAUCCUUCUACGACAGAAAAGAACCGUUCCGGAUCUUCCAUGGCAGUACAAGCAGCACAAGAAGCCAAGAGCAAGAUCGCAACAAGAUGAUCUCAACCAGCGAUUUCACCGAGAUCCUGCGGAUCGAUCCUGAGAAAAGAGUUGCAAUCGUCGAGCCCAAUGUUUCCAUGGAGAAAUUGGUCGAUGCCACGUUACCGUAUGGGCUUGUUGCGCCUGUUAUCAUGGAGUUCAAGAAUAUCACUGUUGGUGGAGGGUUCAGCGGCACUUCCGGUGAGAGUUCCUCGUUCAGACAUGGCGUUUUCGACAACAUCGUGAACAGCAUCGAGAUCGUACUAGGAAAUGGAGAGAUCGUACGUGCUUCUCGCUCUGAGAACUCUGAUCUGUAUCACGGUACAGCAGGCUCAUUUGGAACAUUGGGUGUCGUCACCGAGCUCGAGGUCCAGCUGGUGGAAGCUGGUAACUUUAUGGAGCUGGAGUACCACGCCAUUUCAAGUGCUCCAGAAGCUGUCAGAGCGAUCGAAACCUACACGGCUGACGGCAAGAUUCAAUACCUCGACGGCAUCAUGUUCACGAAGACCAGUGGCUUAAUCAUCGCAGGCCGUAUGGCCAAUACCCCAACGACAGGCUGUAAGAUCUCGAAAUACCUCUCAAGAGCCGACCCCUGGUUCUACAUGCGUGCCCAAGCGAUUCUAAACAACGAGAUACCCUCUUCACAAAACAGUUCCUAUACUGAAUUUGUACCUAUCAAAGACUACCUUUUCCGCUUCGACAGAGGGGCUUUCUGGGGAGGUUACUAUGCCUUUAAGUACCACUUUGCACCUUUCAACAAUCUGACUCGCUACCUCCUUGACGACUUGAUCCACACGAAGACCAUGUACACCGCUCUCCACAAGUCCGGGCUAGCAAACGAGUUCGUCGUCCAAGAUAUCGGAUUCCCCUAUUCCACGACACCAGAUUUUAUCGACUAUCUCGAUGAAAACUUCAACUUAUAUCCACUCUGGCUGUGUCCGUUGAAACUAAAUGCUCCUUACCCACUUACACCAAAAGGCAAGCACUAUUCCCAGGAGAGCCUGAGGGUAAUCAAUGUGGGUGUCUGGGGUCCAGGUCCACGUAACCGCACCGACUUCAUUGCCGCCAACCGCGCCAUAGAAGCAAAAACAAAACAACUUGAUGGCUUAAAAUGCCUGUACGCGCAUGCUUACUACACAGCUCCGGAAUUCUGGGAUCUCUAUGACAAAGACCACUAUGAUGCUCUACGAACCAAAUACCAUGCAAGCUUGUUGCCUUCUGUUUUCGACAAGGUUACUAACAACGGUCCCCCUUCUGCAAAUACUCUCUUCGAACGAUUGAAGAACACGAGACCGGUGAGAGGUAUCUAUGGCGCAUUGUUUGUGUUUUGGGGUGGUGGGUUGCCGUAUGCAAAGGUGCAUCAGGCAUUGAGCAUUGUGUUGUCUCCUUUGCUGCUACUCAUCUUCACGACUGCAUGGAUCGUAUCAUUUAGCAAGGAUUUGUUUGGUAUGAGACCAAGGGGAAAAGUGCAUGUUGAGUAG